CGGAUCAUCAAUCCAUCUCCCUUGGCAGCUUCGAUAUAAAGGAGGUGCCAGGCCGUCAUCGACUUCGUCUUUCGUCUCCAGGCCUCCCACAUUCAUGAAUUCAUCGAGCGAACUCUGUCCGCCGACAGCAGAAAGUGCCUUCGGCCCAAUUGUUCAGGGCUGCCGCAAUGACUUCGAUUUUACGCUUACGUUCGAGCAAGCCGUCUUUACUAUCGGUCCUUCCGCCGUGUUCGUGCUUGCCAGCGCUGUACGACUACCGUACCUCUUCUUCCGGCGCGAGCGGCUCAUUGAAGCGAACACCUUCAAAUGGCUAAAAGUAUUUACUAUAGCGGUCUUUGCUGCGCUACAGCUUGCUCUUGCGGUCCUAUGGGCGACGCGGCCCAGCAUCCCAGCCCGAAACACCGGUAUCGCGGCUGCAGCGCUUUCCUUCCUCGCAAGCAUUGCACUAUGUCUUCUUUCCCCACUAGAACACGCGAAGUCCCUUAUGCCGUCGACGAUUCUAUGCUCUUAUCUACUCUUCAGCAUCUUGUUCGACGCGACGAUCCUCCGUACGCUAUGGAUUUUCACGUUCGAUGACCAAGUGCGCAGAGUAUUUACUGCUUCGUUUUCACUCAAAGCAAUUAUUUUGCUACUAGAAGCGAAGGAAAAGCGAAGCUUUGUUUCAUCUAAGCAUGAUAGAGCUCGAAGCCCGGAGGAGUUCUCCGGAAUCUACGGCAAGAGCCUGUACUGGUGGCUCAAUUCGCUCAUCAAGACUGGCUUCAAGGAAGUGCUCAGCUCCGGGGAGCUGUAUCCAUUACCCGCGGGUCUUGAAGCACAUGAGCUAAAUCGGCGAUUCUGGGACGGUUGGAAUAAAUGUAUGCGCUUCCCAACUUCGUCUACCACCAUUUGUCGACUAACGUAUAGACUAGGUGGGAGCACGAGCAAACACAAGAUAUCAUUGGUACUCCUGAGCACCCUCAAAUGGCCUAUUAUGAGCCCAAUCGUACCGCGCCUCGUUCUUCUCGCCUUUACUUUCUGCCAGCCUCUCCUUCUACAACGAUUCCUCAGUUAUCUUCAGGAUCCCGUGGAGCGACAGAAUGCGAACAUUGGGUAUGGGUUGAUUGGGGCAUAUUUAUUCACGUAUUUUGGCAUGGCAGCAUCAUCUGCUGUAUACUGGCUCCUGACCUACCGAUCAUUGACUAUGAUCCGAGGAAUGCUGGUUACUGCUAUCUAUCAAAAGACAACUACCAUUGGUCUCACUGCCGUCGACAAUGCUAAGGCCAUGACCUUGAUGGGCACGGACGCCGAACGUAUCGUUCGCGGUGUCAUGGACUUCCACGAGCUUUGGUCGAGCAUACUACAAAUUGCUCUUGCAACCUGGCUGCUCGCCGAGCAGCUCGGAGCGGCAGCUGCCGGUUCAGCUGUCGUAUGCCUUGUGUCGAUUGUCGCGACCGUUGGGGGAGGAAUGGUCACUACGAAAUAUCAAUUAGCCUGGAUUGGUGCCAUUGAGCAGCGAAUUGGAACGACAUCUGCGGUGCUUGGGGCGAUGAAGUCUGUUCGCCUAUCGGGUCUGGCCGCAAAGGUUCAAGCCGCGAUCCACAAGCUCCGCCUCAACGAGAUUAAGAGUGCGCGGGGAUUCUGGUUCCUUAGCGCCUUCACAUCCACCAUAGCACUGGUUCCGCAAAUGGUGUCCCCAGUCGUCACCUUUGCAAUCUUCACCGCGAGCAGCGUUGCGAAGAACUCCGUCCUUGACUUCUCCCGAAUGUUCACUUCCUUGGCCUUUCUUAUCCUCCUUACCCAACCUUUGUUUAGUCUCUUCGCUGGCAUCAUCGAUUUCGUAGCAGCCAUCGGGUGCUUUGACAGGAUCAAUGACUACCUUGCUGCGGAGUCCCGCCACGACAAUCGCGAGCUUCUGAGCGAUAUCAAGCCUCGAGACGAGAAGCCGGCUGAUGAUGAAUACGAAAACGCUGCCAUCGCGCUUCGACAAGUCACCGCAACUUGGUCCAGAGAGGACCAUGCAAAUUCCACUCCAAGUGGCAUUACUCUAGCCAUCCCAUCCUCAAAACUUACUCUCGUCAUUGGGCCAGUCGCCUCUGGAAAAUCUACGCUACUCAAAACCAUUCUAGGCGAACUCCCGGUCUCUUCUGGCCAAGUGCUCGUCUCUAGCAAAGAGAUCGCGUUCUGUGACCAGACACCUUGGCUCUUCAACGGUACCAUCCUCGAGAACAUCACCGCUUUUUCGUCACUCGAUCCGGUAUAUUACGAAAGGGUACUCCACGCAUGCGCAUUGGAAAGUGAUCUUCAGGAGCUGCAAGACCGCGAUAGGACCAAGGUCGGAAGCAAGGGUUUCGCACUCAGCAGCGGACAGAAGCAGCGAAUUGCGCUCGCUCGUGCUGUCUAUUCUCGGAAAAGCAUCAUGCUCUUCGACGAUAUUUUAAGCCAGCUCGACGUCCCAACGCAGCGCCACAUCUUCACUCACCUUCUCGGUCCAGAUGGCUUGCUCAGAGGAAGCAAUAUCACCGUUGUCCUAGCUACACACGCAGUGAGCUUCCUUCCUUUCGCCGACAGGGUUAUCGUUAUGAGCGAAUGUGCAAUCAAGGAGCAAGGCACUUGCCAUGAGCUCCGCGCAAGACAAGGUGGUUACGUCUAUGAGCUGCACCGCAAACACACAAUCGAUGAGCACCGAAAUCUUCCAGGCACAUCGGAGCCAGUUCCUACUAAUAGAGUUGCCCCCCUCCGCGAAGUCGCAAAGGAGAGCCACAAUUCAUCCCCAUCAUCUAAGCCCGAGGAUGCAGACACGGCCAACGACAAGAAAAGGCUUCUAGGUGACACCGGCAUCUAUGUUUACUACUUCUCCUGCCUAGGUUGGCUCUUGACUUUUACCUUCUUCCUAUUACAGGUUGCCUUCGCUUUCUUCACGGUUUUCCCGAACAUUUGGUUAAAGUGGUGGGCCGAAUCCAACGGAGAGAAUCCGAACGCCGAAAACGCGAGGUAUGCCAGCGGUUUUGCCAGCCUUCAGAUCGCUGGGCUCGUCUCUUCCGGAGUGCUCACUUGGUUUUCGUUCAACAUAAUAGCCCAGAAGGCCGGUCUUCAGCUACAUAUCAAGAUUCUUGAUGCCAUCAUGCGCGCGCCAAUGUCGCUAUUCAGCACCACUGAUACGGGAUCCAUCACCACCAAGUUCAGCCAAGACUUCCAGCUCGUCGAUUCAAAACUCCCGCUCUCAUUGAUGUGUGUUGUUACGAAUCUGUUCAUUACGAUUGGGCAAGCAGGCCUUAUUGCUUCGGCGUCUGCGUGGAUCGUGCUCAGCUUCCCUGUUUUGAUUGCCGUAUUCUAUGUGGUGCAGCGAUACUACCUCAGAACGUCGAGACAGAUGCGUCUUCUCGAUCUAGAGCAGAAGGCUCCGCUCUACACCCAGUUCACUGAGUCCGUCGAAGGUAUGGCCUCUCUCCGCGCCUUCGGCUGGGAAGCCGCCUGCAUCACCAAAAACCACAGCCUCGUCGACGACAGCCAGAAGCCCUUCUACCUUUUAUACAUGAUUCAGAAAUGGCUUUCGCUCGUCCUUGAUCUCAUCAUCACCGGGCUCGCAGUGGUAGUCGUCGGCAUCGCAGUCGCUCUGCGGAACUCAGUCAGCGUCGGAUUCACCGGUGUUUCGCUCAGCCAAAUCAUUAGCUUGACGAGUUAUAUGAAGCUCAUCAUUCUCUUCUGGACGCAGAUGGAGACCAGCUUGGGCGCUGUGAGUCGCAUUAGGACGUUCAGUGAUGAGGCGGGUGACGAGAAUCGGCCGGAAGAGAAUGAGAGACCGCCUGAGGUGUGGCCGACGGCCGGUGCUGUCGAAAUACGGGAUCUUUCCGUUACUUAUCAGGGCAACGGUGCUUCUCACUUAGCACUCAAAGAUGUCACGCUGGCCAUCGCGCCCGGCACGAAAGUUGGCAUUUGCGGCCGCACCGGAAGCGGAAAAACCACGCUCCUUCUCGCCCUUCUCAAACUCGUCGACUCAGAGGGUCGCAUCACUAUUGAUGGUUUCGAGCACGCUACUAUCCCCCGAGCCAUCCUCCGCGAACGUAUCAUCGCCGUCUCCGACGAAGGUUUCUUCCUCCCCGGCGGCACACUCCGAGAGAAUCUUGACCCCCUCGACUGUGGCGCAGACGACACUUUGCUGAAGAAGAUAUUGACGGAAGUCCUACUCUGGGACGUCCCGAAAGAGCAGAGCAGAGACCCUCUCGAUUCCCCUUUCUCCCCAGACACCCUCAGUCACGGGCAAAAGCAGCUCUUCGCCCUCGCCCGUGCAAUGGUGCGCCAACUCGUUAAGGGGCCUGAGGCAGGCGGUCUCAUCAUCCUCGAUGAAGCGACGAGUCAGACGGACAAGACGACGGAUACUGUCAUCCAGCGCGUUAUACGCGAGUUCUUCAAGGGCUGUACGUUGAUCGUUAUUGCGCAUCGGCUGGAGAGUAUUUUGGAUUUUGAUAAGGUAGUCGUGCUAGAGCAGGGGCGCGUUGUGGAGCACGAUAGCCCAGAGGCACUGAGGAGGAAGGAGGGC